AUGGUGCGCAUCCUUCGCGCCCAUGGCAAGACAUCGGAGUUUUGGCACGCGGGGAAACAGAACUGGCGCCAGACCGGUGCCUGCGUCGGGGUCGACCUGGUUCGGCAGGAAGCACUUGUACGGCCCACCGGCAGCAACAAAGUCAUGGCCCUCCGGCCCGCACAGGUGAAAAAGUUUGUAUUCACCACCCAGGACAUCGGCCCGGCUAGUGUUCCAAUCUCCGAGUACAUGGCCGCGCCCUUCGAUUUCCGGCCGCUUCCGGGAAUCAUCGAACCAAGGCCGGAGGACAGCAAGGAGAAACAAACGCCUGCGGCGGCACCGCAGGGGGACGACAAACAACAAGCUCCGCGUUCUAUCCCGAAGAAGAUCGCCAAGGAACAGAAGCCAAAAACCAAGCCGAAAACUUCCGUUCUCCAGCCCCGACCUCCCGCUCCACGACAACCUCCUGCACCGCAGCAACAUCCUGCUCCACCCCUACCACCCGUCCCUCCGCCGCCUGUCCUACCUCUUGUCGAACCUGGCGUUCUGCACGAGAGUGCCAACGUCCCAGAACCGGCAGCAGGUGGAGCUCCGGGGCAAACGACGUCGCAGGUGGAAAGAGAAAUUUUUGGGUCGCCGAUCGAGCUGGAGGAAACUGCGGAUAGGCCGGCGAAGCAGCGACGAUUGAGCCUUGCGAACGGUCGGGCUUUUCUCGUGCAAGGGCGCACAGCCAGCUACACGAACAUCGACGACCGCGGCGCAGCUUUUUGCACUUUCAACCUCGGCGGGACGGGACAAGCUGCGGAGGCGAAGUUGACGGAGGAAGCACAGCAGUUUUUGGACCAAACAUACUCCGGCCGGGUUCGGCUGGUGGACGACGAAAGCGGGCACGCGUACCUGGAGGAGGUCAGCGGGCUACCGGAUGAGCCGCUUCUGCUCAGCAAGGAAAGCCUGAAGGAACAGCUGCUCGGGGUGGGAUCUGAUGUUUCAUUUCUCCGCGAGCUCAUCGCCAAGCGGGGCAGGCAGACGGUGUUCAGGUCGGCGCACAUGGAUCCGAUCAUUACCGAGCUAAAUACGCUUUUGAACGGCCGGCCGGUCCUGCCGUCGGCGUCGGGUUUUGACGGGGCGGCCUACGUGGUGGAGUGCAAGGCCUUCCGGCCGGGCUGCCGGGUGCCUUCGGCUUUGGAACGAUACGACCUGGGGUUCCAGUUUGGCCCCAAGUGCGCUUUCCAGUUUUUCGACCCGCAGGUAGAUGGCGCGGACCCGGCCAACCACCACCUCUUCCUGAAACUGGAGCAGCCAAAGACCGUCGACCUGCGGGAGCUGACCCCGAACGGCUCCAGUGUGGAGCUAACGUUGGUGCAGAUCGAGCGCUACAACCUCUGGCAUUUGAUCGAUUCUGCACGGGCUUCGGAGGUCAGCGGGGUGCUGAGGCUGGGGGUCUUUGACCUGGACGACCAGCGGGACGAGCGGCCGCAGGAACCGGGGACCUCGGUGGUCAGCAGCCGCAUAGUGUUCACCCUCAAGUUUGCGGAGGGUGAAUUUCGAAAGGCGAAGAUGCGGUGGUGCGCGAAGGGCUUCCAAGAUUCUAGGUUGCAGCGGGGGACGCUGGAGAAGCGCUGCCACACCCUCGCGGACAGUAGUUUUUUGGUGAUUCUGCACUGGCUCGCCAAGCGGGGCCACUACUGUCACCUGGUAGACAUAAGCCAGGCCUUUUUGCGGGGCGACCCGCUUACCGAUCCCGUGUUUUUGGAAAUCCCGGAGGCCUUGCGGGGCAACCCGCUCUUCAACCUCACCGGGAGGUUUGUCAGGCUGCGGCGGACGCUUUACGGCCUCGCCGACGCUCCGCUGAAGUGGCAGAAAAGUUUGUUUGCCUCGCUCCGCGAGGCAGGGUGGGUGCAAGACAUCAGCGAUCCGUGCCUUUGGUUCCACCACAAAAAGCAGACCAGCAGCGAACAGGAGGGAACAGACGAAAAGCAGCAACAGGAAGAGCAACCAGCACCAGCAGCAGCGGCGGAAGACCACGACGGGCCGGACGACGUACGGCGGAACAACAACCCGCUGCUGAGCACGACAAUAGACGACCCGUUGAUCUCCGAGGAGGAGAUCGACGGAGUCUUGGGCUGCCACGUGGACGACCUUAUUUACGGCGGCUCGGCCGCCGCCCACGAGUCGCUGGAACAGGUCUUCAACAAGUACCCCCCGGGCUCCCGCACUGUUCUCCUGGAGGACAAGCUGGACACCUUCUGCGGCCGGACAGUUAAAUGCGUUGCGGACGAGAGCGCAGGGGCAGCAACAAGAGUAACGGGGGAGCAGCAGUGGGAAAAGAAAGAGGGCGGGGCGCUCGUGGCGCGCGCGAUCGCGGACUCCGCGAUCGGUUUUGAGGUUGGGCAGCAAAGUUUCAUCGAGGCAAUGAAGCUCAUCUCCGAUGAAGACGCCUCGAAGUUUUUGAGCAACAGGAAAACGAACAAGAACCCGCUGCGGCGGGCGGUCGGGGAGCUGAUGUGGACCACCAAAACUUCGCUUUGCUUCACCGCCUCCACCUGCAUAGCGGCCGGGAAAAUCGACGACGAAGCGGAGGAAGACGAAUUUUUGAUGCAGGUCAGCGAAGUCAACGAGCUGAUCCGGACCAUCAAAACUUUCUCCGCGGACAUGAUCCGCAUCAGGCCAACGAGCAGCAGCGACGACCUGCUUUUGGGCUUGGUCGACGCAAGCCUAGUGCCACGGCUGGGGGCAAUGGUUUGCUUGGUGAACAAACGGCAGCCGACGGGGCAGCCGGGGGACGAAAAAUUGCUCUACAACUUGGUCGGGUUUUACUCUAGCAAGCCCGCGCGGGUCUUUUCAAGCUCCACCUCCGCGGAGCUGUUGGCGAUCCGGCUCAUCAUUUCGGAAUUGUUGUAUUUCCGAAAUGUCUGCGUCGCGGCAGGGCUCAUUUCCCGCCACCAGCCCCUGGUGGUGCUCACGGACAGCAACAACAUCGUGCAGAGCUCCACCAACCAGUUGAUCCGCUGCCCCACCGAGCGGAAUUUGCGCGCGGACUAUUUUUACCUCCAGAGACUUUUGAACGACGGCGACCUGCAGCUUUCGCACAUCAAAGGAAUGUGGAACCCCAGCGACAUCAUGACGAAAGAACACGAAAAAUCCAACCUGGAGAUGGUGCGGCGAUUUCUGCAGGAGAACGAGACCGGCUUCGACCUUCCUGCUGAGGCAAAAUCCAUUUUGGAGCCGUAG